AAGGUAUGUUCGAAAACUGAAUUGGCUCGGUCGGUUCUAGACCCCUGCAAAAUAUGAGACAUCUUGCUGCUUACCUUAUGCUGGUCCUCGGUGGAAACGAGAAGCCCACCGCUGAGAACAUCAAGUCCGUGCUGGAGGCCGUUGGUGCUGAGAGCGACGACGAGAAGAUCGAGAAGCUCCUUGCUGACCUCGAGGGAAAGAACGUGGAGGAGCUGAUCGCCUCGGGUCUGGACAAGCUGGUGUCCAUUCCCACCGGAGGUGCUGCUGCCCCCGCUGCUGGAGCUGCUGCCCCUGCUGCUGAGGAGAAGAAGGAGGAGGCGAAGGAAGAGGAAGAGGAGGAAGAGGAAGACAUUGAUAUGAGCGGAGGCGGUCUGUUCGGUGAUGACGACGACGACUGGUAAACUGCGAACUGAGAUUUGUUUUCAUCGUUAUCAAUUAAU